AAAUGAGUCAUGUCACACCUGAUCCAAAAUUUAAAGGCCUAUUUAUCCAAUUUUCUCCUUCUAGUUUCCUACUUGAAAGAAAGUUUCAGUCUCAGCAGUUGAGAGACUGAGAAAAAUAGGGAAACAAAUUUUCCGUUUAACUCGAAAUCAUCAUGUUUAGAAUUGGAAUUAGCAGAGAAAUAAGCAAAAAUGCUUCCAAAAAGGCUAUUUCUUGGCUUGAUUCUUGUCGAUUUCCAAGAUAUAUGAGCUUUGAAUCUUUUCAAACUGUAGAUGCAGACAAAAUAUGUGGUUCUGAACCAGCUUCAGUGCAUAACUUGGUGAACGGGAAAUGGGUUAAAUCCCCUAAUUGGAAUACAAUUGUGGAUCCAUUAAAUGGUGAACCGUUCAUUAAGGUUUCGGAGAUUGAUGAAUCAAGUAUAAAGCCAUUUGUAGAUAGCUUAUCCAGAUGCCCUAAACAUGGUCUUCAUAAUCCAUUCAAGGACCCAGAGAGAUAUCUUCUCUAUGGAGUCAUAUCAAAAAAAGCAGCGGAAAUGCUUUCUAAGGAUGAGGUUGCAGAAUUUUUUGCUAGGCUAAUUCAGAGGGUUUCUCCAAAGAGUUUUGCGCAGGCCAUGGUUGAAGUAUCUGUUACAAAGAAAUUUCUCGAGAACUUCUCCGGUGACCAGGUUCGUUUUCUUGCAAGGUCGUUUGCAGUACCUGGGGAUCAUCUCGGUCAGCAAAGUCAUGGUUACCGUUGGCCUUAUGGCCCAGUGGCUAUCAUUACUCCCUUCAAUUUCCCUCUAGAAAUUCCACUGCUACAGUUGAUGGGUGCACUUUACAUGGGAAACAAACCUCUUCUCAAAGUGGAUAGCAAGGUUAGCAUUGUAAUGGAACAAAUGUUGCGCCUGCUUCAUUCAUGUGGGUUACCUCUUGAAGAUGUUGACUUCAUUAACUCUGAUGGCAAGACAAUGAACAAAGUGCUGAUGGAGGCAAAUCCUCGCAUGACCCUCUUCACUGGAAGCUCUAGGGUAGCAGAGAAAUUAGCAGAGGACCUAAAGGGAAGAGUUAAAUUAGAGGAUGCAGGAUUUGAUUGGAAAAUCCUUGGCCCUGAUGUUCACGAGGUGGAUUAUACUGCUUGGGUUUGUGAUCAAGACGCAUAUGCAUGCAGUGGACAGAAGUGCUCUGCACAGUCCAUCCUUUUCAUGCAUGAGAAUUGGUCAGCAACUCCUCUUAUUUCCAAGAUGAAAGAUCUUGCUGCUAGAAGGAAGCUAGAAAAUCUAACUAUUGGACCUGUUCUUACUGUUACAACUGAUGCAAUGUUAGAGCACGUGGAUAAUUUGCUAAAAAUACCGGGAUCGAAAAUACUAUUUGGUGGUGAAGCUUUAGAGAAUCACACUAUACCCUCAAUUUAUGGCGCCUUCAAGCCUACUGCUGUAUAUGUUCCUCUGGAGGGAAUAUUGGAGGACAACAAUUUUGAGCUUGUGACAAAAGAAAUAUUUGGACCAUUCCAGAUUGUCACUGACUAUAGAGCAAACCAACUUCCAAUGGUGCUGGAGGCCUUAGAGAGGAUGAAUGCUCAUUUAACCGCCGCUGUGGUGUCAAAUGAUCCGUUAUUCCUACAGGAAGUUAUUGGGAGUACAGUAAAUGGAACCACUUAUGCUGGCCUACGAGCGAGGACUACAGGAGCUCCACAAAAUCAUUGGUUUGGACCUGCUGGAGACCCUAGGGGUGCAGGAAUUGGAACUCCAGAAGCGAUAAAGCUGGUGUGGUCUUGCCAUAGAGAAAUCAUUUACGAUGUUGGUCCUGUUCCUCCCCAGUGGAAAUGUCCACCAUCUUCGUGAUGCUUUUGCAUGAUUGGAAGCUAGGCAACGGGAGUUAGUUACGUUACAUUUAGGUUAGUGUAGUUCGGAGAUGUGGAUUCGAAGAGGAAUAAAAACAGUGUCGUUUUUCACUGUAACUAAAAUAACAUUAGGCUUAAUGUAUACAUUUUUCAUUCAUGUGGCA